GGCAAAUGUAAUAAAUUUACUCGUUUCCUUAGUGAAUUCUUAGAUAUGGAAAACUUGUUGGAUCCUCCUUUUGCGGCCAUUGAUGCUAUCAAAAAGAUUCAAGAAACAAGGAAUCUCAGGCCCAAAGUACAAAAUCUUGUACGGAAACCUCAGCGAGAUAAAGAAGAUGAAGAAAGAAGCUGACCUUUUGGUUCUGGAUCCGAAGUCCAACGAUAUCUUCCCUCGUGUGUUUCCUCAUUAUCACCAAUGGAUGUCUCAAUACGGAGAAACAUUUCUAUACUGGACUGGAACAAAACCAACGAUAUACAUCUCAAAUCAUGAACUAGCGAAACAGAUCUUGUCGAGCAAGUUCGGUUUCUCUAUUAUACCGGUGAAAAGACCCGAGGUCUUCAUACUUUUUGGUAAAGGACUUUCCUUUAUCCAAGGUGAUGAUUGGGUUCGCCAUAGACGAAUCUUGAACCCUGCUUUCUCCAUGGACCGCCUCAAGGCCAUGACAAAACCGAUGGGGGAUUGUACCUUGAGGAUGUUUGAGGAGUGGAGAAAACAGAAAAAUGGUGAAUUGGUGAUCAAGAUUGAGAUAAGCAAAGAGUUCCAUAAACUGACCGCAGACAUUAUAGCGACUACUGCGUUUGGAAGUAGUUAUGCGGAAGGAAUCGAAUUGUGUAGAUCACAGACUGAGCUUGAGAAAUAUUAUAAUGCCUCUCUCAAUAAAGUCUUCAUCCCCGGAACUCAAUACCUCCCUACGCCUACAAACCUUAAACUAUGGGAGCUCGAUAAGAAAGUGAAGAACUCGAUCAAAAGAAUCAUAGAUUCAAGGCUAAAAUCAAAAUGUAAGACUUAUGGCUAUGGGGACGAUCUUCUAGGGGCCAUGUUGAAUGCUGCGAAAUCUAAUGAGCAUGAGAGAAUGAUGAGAAUGGAUGAGAUCAUAGAGGAAUGCAAGAAUUUCUACUAUGCAGGGCAAGGAACUAUUUCGCUUGCAUUGACAUGGACUACGAUGUUACUGAGCUUGCACCAAGAUUGGCAAGAGAAACUUAGAGAAGAGGUUUUCAAUGAAUGUGGUAAAGAUAAGAUCCCAGAUUCAGACACCUUAUCCAAACUCAAACUGCUGAACAUGGUGUUGAUGGAGUCCCUUCGUCUAUAUGGACCUGUGAUUAAAAUGUCCCGAGAGGCAACACAAGAUAUGAAGGUAGGACACUUGGAGAUCCCCAAGGGCACGGGCAUUAUUAUCCCGUUUCUGAAGAUGCACACUGACAAGGCGAUGUGGGGAGAAGACACGGAACAGUUCAACCCAUUGCGAUUCGAAAAUGGCAUUUCUCAAGCCGCCAUUCACCCAAACGCUCUCAACGCGUUCUCAAUCGGACCAAGAGCUUGCAUUGCCAAAAACUUUGCAAUGAUCGAAGCCAAGACCGUGCUCACUAUGAUCCUUCAACAGUUCCGGCUUAGCCUCUCCCCCGAGUAUAAGCACACGCCAGUUGAUCACUUCAAUCUGUUUCCCCAAUACGGCCUACCCGUAAUGCUUCAGCCUCUUGAUAGUAGUUCUUAGUGGUGAGGAAGAGAACAAAGCAAGAGAAUCUCAAUGGUCAAGUUAUGUUCUAUAAAUCACAAAUAAAAGUGAAGAUCAUAU